AUGCUCCGGGACCCCGUGAGCAACGUGAAGAAGCUGGCGGAGUUCAUGGGGUGCGCGUUCUCCAGUGAGGAAGAGGCGGCCGGGGUGGUGCAGACCAUCGUCGAGCUGUGCAGCUUCCGGAGCUUGAAGAACAUGGAGGUGAACAAGAGUGGCAGCCAGGGUCCGGCAGCACAUGAGUCCUUCCGGAAGGGUGUGGUAGGGGACUGGAGCAACCACAUGACGCCGACGAUGGCGGAGCGGCUGGACAAGAUCGUCGAGGACGCGCUGCAAGGCUCGGGGUUCAGCUUCGCCGUCGCAGGGUCGUCCUCGUGA